AUGAACUUAUUUCAAAAGUUAAAGUAUAUUUUAAGAAGUAUUUUUUCUUCAACUCAAACUCCUGAAAAAGAAUCAAAAGAUAAAGAAUAUGAAGAGACAAGUUAAAUUAUUGCAUCCUUGAGAAAACACUUCCAAUCUUUAGAAAAAAACAACAAAGAACCUAUUAGGUUAAUUCUACUUAAAAAACUUAUUGAAUUAAAAAAUAAAAACAGAUAUCCCAGAUAACAUAAUUCAACCAUUAAAUAGAUGUAAUUAGUGUUUCCACAAUAAACUACUAAUUAUAUCAAUAUUACUUAAUAAAAAUAACAUCCGCCAAUUUCAACUCCAACAUUUCAUAAUCAGAAUUUUGAUACCUAAAACUAUUUUGUAAAACAACAUAUUCCUUAAUUUAUGAUGGAAUAGUAAUUGUAAUAGCCAUAUGAAUCUCAAGAUUAACAAACAUUCUUUCAUUAAAAUUAGUUAAAAAUUAAUAUCUCAUUAGAAUCUAUAAGUUUUUCAUCUUAAUAAAGCCAUUUUACAUUUGGUCAAAAUAGCUUUGGAUCUUAAAUGCUAUAAUAAUCACUUUUGAAUCCAAAGGAACAAUAAACUAAAUACGGCUAUAAUAAUAAUAUGGAUUGCAAAAAUUACUGUAAGAAAUUUUAAUAUUUUUAAGCCUAAUGUGAAGCAUAAAAAGGGUAUAGACCAAAACCAAAGUUGUUUAUUUUUCCAGAUAUAAUAGAAGACAUAUAAGAGUCAACUAUUCUAACUGAGCAAUAGUUCAGCAAUACAAAGGAAACCUUAUGA